AUGCUUUUCUUUUUACAAUUGAGAAUUGAACCAGAAUGGGAAUAUCCAAUGAUAAGUGAUGGGUACAUAAAAACAGCAUAUAAGAUUACCAAUGUAUUUUAUAAUGUCAGCGAAAAUUUAAUGUUUAAUCCAUAUUAUCCAAACAAAAAGUGGGAUACCAUAGCUGAAUACAAUGUUACAUCACCACGAGAUGCUUCAAAUCUUCGAUUUUUGUUCAUUGGACUUGGUUUCAAUAAAAAUGAUACUCGGUUCACUAAAAAUUAUGAAAAAGAGCAUGAUAUUGGAAACAGAAGUAUUGGAGAUAUAGCUGACGGAUCCAGACUAUCUGAAGCAACAGCAUCUAUCUCAAUUGGUGUAUUACCAAAUUAUACAAUACUCGAUAAUGCAAAUUUCAGCUAUUUUUGGAUGAACAACGAGGAAGUUACAAAAGUCGAUGAUUUUUUAACCGAAUUUGCUAAACUUACCAGUAAUAAUUCAGACUUUUUAUUUGAUAUCAUCGUUAUGUCUUCAACUCGCGGCCUUUUCCUUAUUGAUCAAAACGAAUCACUACUCCCAUAUUACCGAUUUGACAAUUGGGAUUCCACAGUCGAAAAAAUUAUUAAAGCUAAUAAUACAAGAAAGAGCAAUUUUAGUCCCAUCGUUAUAUUCCGUGCAGGUGAUGAAGGUGUUCUUCCAGUAGAUGCCCAAUACAAUACUUUGAAUUAUCUUCCCAAAACUUUUUUGAUCGGAUCAAGUGCUGCAACCAGAGGAAGUGCUUUCUAUUCUCAAUGGUCAUCAGGAUUGCUUGCUGUUGUCCCAGCAGGAGGCCAUGAUACGUUAACUUUUGGAUUAUCAAGAUUUUAUCCAAGCAUAAAUGUGGCCAAAUCAGAGAUAAAUAAAGACAGACCAGGAUAUGGAUCCAAUAUUGGCACUGGUAUUUUUGCUGCCGUCAUUGCCAUGAUGAAGAUUAAAUAUAAUCACACGAAAAUCGAUUACAGAACAGUUUUAUACAUGGUCGCAUUAACAUCCACAGUCAUUGAUGAUGAACAUCCUAUGUGGGUUAACAAUUCCGCUUCAAUUAUGUAUAAUCCAGCAUUUGGCUACGGAAGAAUCAAUUUAGAUAAGCUUCUAGAUGAUGAAACAUUCAACGAGAUUAAUAAUCUUAAAGGAGAUCUCGUUAAAUACACAGCUUAUACUAAUUACAGCAAACAAGCAACAUAUCUUAAAUUUGCAGGUGAAGAAGACUCCAAUUUUACAUUUAAUUUUCCUGAAAAUACUAACAUGACUAGAGUAGAAACAGUUCAAUUCUCUUUUUACUUAGAAAAGAGAUUUUAUUCGGAUAUCAACAUAAAGAUUGUAAGUCCCAGUGGAACAGAAGCAAUUAUCAAACAAGGAGGAAUAGGAGAAGUAAAAGGUUUGAAAUUCAAAAUUUUACCUAAAUUGGAAUAUGUCAUUUUAAGUCGUGAGUUUUUAGGUGAAAAACCAGAUGGAGAUUGGAAAGUAUAUAUCAAACAUUGGAACUAUAUUCCAGUAGACAGAAUCUGGGGAAUGAAACUGAAUUUCACAGGUUCAAAUAGUCAUAUAAAAUUAGCGGAACAUAAUAAACAAAGUAAGCAUGAAAAGAAACCAUAUGUUCAUGAUAACAAAGUAAACAUCAAAUUCGCUGAUAAUUUACCUGAUAAAACACCAAGGAAAUGUAUGGAAUUACAAACAGUUACAUUGAAUUUAACAGAUCUUGGUGAUUUAUAUCCAGAUAACAUCAGUGGAAUAGGUACUGUUUAUUUAUCAUAUUAUCUUAGAAAUGUUUUACCUGAUGGAAAUAAAUCAAGUAGAAUAUUCGAUCUCAGACCAAAAAGAAUCAAUUAUUUAAAACUUAUUGAAAGCAACUAUAUAACAAAUUAUUCAUUUGUUGCACCAUGUAUUCUCAAGAAUAACUCUCAAAUAGUUAUGGGAGUAAGAAAUAUUUUUACAAACAAAUCAAUUGAAACAGAAAAAUUUAAUUUAAUCAAUGAUCACAAAAUUGGUUUAAUUAAUGUAGAUGAAUAUGAUCAUUAUACCAAUCAAUCAAUGGAGUUUAAUUACUCUUUUCAUGAAGAUUAUUUUCCAGAACAUGGAAAGCCACAGUUUCUUCAAAUGUCAAUAUAUGAUUUAAAGAAAUGGGAACCUAUUUACGCUUAUACAUAUGUAAACAAUGGUUCAAUAUAUUUUAAUUUCAGUACAUUAAGUAGAACUGUUAAGAAAGGAGUUAUUUCAUUAUCAGCAAUGACAACUACACGAAAAUGUUCAUCAAUUAUUUAUCCAUUCAGAAAAUAUUUAGAGCAUGAAGUACCAGAUCCAAGACCGAAGAGGCCAUUUAAAGUUCGAAUUUUAUAUCAAGAUGAUGAAUCUUGCAACUAUGAUAGUACAUCCUUCAUACAAUAUCCGACAGGUAUCUUUGAACGAAGAAGUGUUGCAGAUUACAAAUACUAUGUUGGCGAAGGCAUUAACAGAUUUGAAAUUUCAAUUCCAAUUGUUAUUCACGCUGCUGCAAUUGCUAUUGUUAUAUUUUUGGCAAACUUCUUCAGGAAGAAUAAUGAUGCUGGUUCUGGAUAUAUUAAAAAAUAA